CAGUUCAGCUCCCAAAAAGCAGCAGGGUGAGGGCUGCUCUCACCACAACACCGGGGCGUUUCAGGCAGCGCUCACACACAGCAGCACCCUUUGUCAGCCCUAAAUGGAACAACAAUUCCUUUGCGUGCAGAUGACAUGAAAUGUUGAUGUGGUGAAAAUGAAUAAGCCCAAAAUGACUACUGAGAAAGGUGUUCCCAGUAACUCCAGGGUGCUGAUGUUGCUGGGCCAACUGGAGAAGAUGAGUGCGGAUGCCAUGGUGACGGAUGUCGAAAUGGCACGACAGCUCACUGUAAAGAUACUACAUCUGAUACAGACACAGGAGAAAACCAAAAAGGAGGUCAUGUCCAAAGGUUCCAGCGGCAUGGAGGUCAUCUUGGCUUCACUGGAGAACACUCAGGAUCUCCAGACCACCCUGAACAUUCUGUGCAUUCUCAGUGAGCUGCUGACUGUGGGUGGAGGCCGCAGGGUGGGGGUGUUUGUGUCUAAAGGAGGCACAGGUUUAUUACUCCAGAAACUGAUCACUGCCAGUAAAGAGUCACCUCCCAGUGAGGAGCUCAUGCUGCAGCUUCACUCACUACUGGCCAAGGUUGGACCAAAAGACAGAAAGUUUGGGGUGAAGGCACGUUUGAACGGAGCUCUGAAUGUCACUGUCAACUUGCUGAAGCAGAACCUACAGAAUACCAAACUGCUUCUGCCCUGCCUGCAGGUUCUCAGGGUUUACUCUACCAACUCGGUGAAUGCAAUAUCCCUGGGUAAAAAUGGAGUGGUGGAGCUCAUGUUCAAGAUUGUGGGGCCGUAUAGCAAGAAGAACACCAGCCUGCUGAAGGUAGCUCUGGACACAUUGGGAGCUCUGCUCAAAUCCAAAACAAAUGCUCGUCGUGCAGUGGACCGUGCCCACGUGCCCGCCCUGCUGGCGGUGUACCAGGACUGGCACCGCAAUGACACACGGCAGCGCCAUAUGCUGAUCCGCAAAGGCCUGCUGGCAUGCCUUAGGAACAUCACCAACAUCAAACUGGGCAGGAAGGCUUUCAUAGAGGCUGAUGGCAUGAGGAUACUCUACAAUACAUCCACUGAAUGUCUCCCAGUGCGGACGCUGGACCCUCUGGUCAACACCUCUAGUCUCAUUAUGAGGAAGUGUUUUCCUAAGAACCGUCUGCCUCUGCCCACCAUCAAAUCAGCCUUCCGCUACCAGCUACCACAUGUACCUGCUGGAGGGCCUGUGGCACAACUGUACAACCAGCCACCUGGGGGAGGAACAUGUUCCCAGCUCUGCAACAAGCCCUUAAAGAAGGUGGAUGAUGUGGUGGAUGAAAGUGAUGACAAUGAGGAGACAGAGGCAGACACAGAGAAUGAUACAGAGAAUGAGGAGGAUGACAAGGAUCAUCGCACUGUGAAUGAUGACAUAGAGACAGACCUGAACAAGCUGCGUCCCAAAGAGAGCCAGAGCCGUUUGUUUGAAGAGCUGAGAGUCUACGACAGGUUCUUCGUGGAGCUGUCUGAGGACUUCCAGGGAUAUAAGUUUUACUCUCCAAAGAGUGCCUCCACCACAUCUUCAUCAUCCUCCUCAUCAUCAGCCAGCACUCGACCAAUCAUAGUGCCGACAGCUCAGUCCUUGCCUCCUAAGAUUGUCCCCAUCCCGUCCCCUGAGGAGGAAUGCCACCUUCCCAGAGGACUACACACCCAGCCGCCUCCUUCUGUUCCUCCUCCUACUCUACCUGCUCCUCUGCCACCACUAGAACUGGACACCAUCCACCUCACCACGGACCAAGACAAAAAAGACGACGCUCACACUCCUUCCCCGGAUCGACACACAACGUCCUCCUCCCAGCCUAUGCCCCCUUCUCAAGGGGCGCGGCUAGAACAGGAACUAGUGCGUGUGUUAGAGCGUGUCUCUGUGGAAGGUGAGGGGCCUUUGAAUGGAGGCGGAGGAGGAGGAGGAAGAGGGGUGGAAGGAGGAGGAUCUCCGGUCAAUGCUACGAGACACAUACAGUCUCCCCUGCUCUUGGGGGGAAUUGCUGCACGCCGUGUGGGAGGAGGGGGAGGCAGCACAGGCGGUUCAGAUUGUGGUUCGGAGGGUCCUGAGGAGGAGGGAGGAGAAGGAGCAGUUCUGGAGGUCCCAGACACUGCCCUGCUCCUCCCACUCCAUGAUCCUGACCUGUACGUGGAGAUGGUGAAGGGAACACGCUCAGUACCCCACUAUUCUGAAGUGGCUUACCCUGACUACUUUGGCCACGUAGCCCCGACCUUCAGGGAGCCCCUUCUGGAGAGAGUCUAUGGUGUGCAGAGGUCCAAGAUAUUUCAGGAUAUUGAGAGGCUGAUUCAUCCCAACGACAUUUUGGAUAAAGUAAUAUACGACCUGGACAUUCCCAGUUGUCCUGUGAUUGACGACGACGGCGAGUCACUGAAGUUCAACUCGCAGUUUGAAUCUGGCAACCUCAGGAAAGCUGUUCAAGUCAGGAAGCAUGAGUAUGACCUUGUGCUGAACUCAGAUAUCAACAGUAACCAUUAUCACCAGUGGUUCUACUUUGAGGUGAGCGGCAUGCGCGUUGGAACCACCUACCGCUUCAACAUCAUCAACUGUGAGAAGUCCAACAGCCAGUUCAACUAUGGCAUGCAGGUGCUGAUGUACUCUGUGCAGGAGGCGAUUAGUGGCAGGCCUCGUUGGGUCAGAACAGGGACAGACAUCUGUUACUACAAGAACCAUUUUUCUAGGAGCUCCAUUGCAGCAGGAGGUCAGAAAGGGAAGUCCUAUUACACAAUGACCUUUAGCACAAACUUCAGCCAUAAGGAUGAUGUCUGCUACUUUGCCUAUCACUACCCUUACACAUACUCCACUCUGAAGAUGCACCUUUCCAAGCUGGAGGCUUUGAGGACCCCUCAGAUCUACCUGAGACAGGACGUUCUGUGUGAAACCCUUGGCGGAAACAGUUGCCCUCUCCUCACCAUCACAGCUAUGCCCGAGUCAACCUCCAAUGAUCACAUCUGUCAGUUCAGAAAUCGUCCAUUGAUCUUCCUGAGUGCCAGGGUGCACCCUGGUGAGACGAAUGCCAGCUGGGUGAUGAAGGGCACUCUGGAGUUCCUGAUGGGCACCAGCCCGCUGGCAAGCAGCCUCAGAGAGGCGUACAUCUUCAAGAUAGUCCCCAUGCUCAACCCUGAUGGAGUCGUGAAUGGAAAUCAUCGUUGUUCUUUGAGCGGAGAGGAUUUGAAUCGACAGUGGCAGAGCCCCAAUCCUGAGCUGCACCCCACCAUCUACCACACUAAGGGCCUGCUGCAGUAUCUUGCACACAUACAGAGGACACCAUUGGUGUUCUGCGACUACCAUGGUCAUUCCAGAAAGAAGAAUGUGUUUAUGUACGGCUGCAGUGUGAAGGAGACUGUCUGGCAGUCCAAUAUCAAUGCUACAUCCUGUGACCUGCAGGAGGAUCUGGGAUACAGGACUCUUCCUAAGAUCCUGUCCCAGAUUGCUCCAGCCUUCAACAUGGCCAGCUGCAGUUUUGUUGUGGAGCGCUCCAAGGCGUCCACUGCUCGCGUGGUUGUGUGGAGGGAGAUAGGAGUGCAGCGCAGCUACACUAUGGAGAGCACACUCUGUGGCUGUGACCAGGGGAAAUAUAAGGGACUCCAGAUUGGCACCAGGGAACUCGAGGAGAUGGGAGCCCAGUUUUGCGUGGCCCUGCUCAGGCUGAGGAGGCUGACAUCUCCCCUGGGGCUCCGCAACCACCAACACCUGCUGGAUGUGGAGAGCGACCUCAUGGAGACGCGCUGCAAAGUGGCAAGCAGCCCCACCACCUACGUGAUGGAAGAGGACGAGCCUUCCUUCCUGGAGGAGGUGGACUACAGUGCAGAGAGCAACGAGGAGGACGCGGACGCUGACGACCAUAGCACUGACGUCUUCGAUAACCCUGUUCACCUCGACCAGCUGUCAGACUCCGAGACCAACCACAGGGACUAACCCCGACUCCUGACCCCCGGGCCAGGGUGGGAAAUUAACACCAGCCAAAUAAUGGUUAAUUUAUUUACUGUGUCUGAAAUGUUCAUCUCCUUUACCAGGUGCUUUGGCAUAUAACCAGGCAUUGUUUGAGCUGCUGUUUUCUAAAACAGCAGUCUGUUUGUCUGGUCAAAUAGUAAAUAUUAGGAACCCUGGCUGGUAAAUACAAGAAGUUAGUUUCUCACUCGACCCCUGACCCUGUUAUAUGCACUAUAUCACUGCACAGGGCACCACUUUGCGACAGACCUGGGGUAAACAUUGGUUGGUCUCUGUGAAAUGGCUUCAGGUUCUUUGAUUCGGACGGACUCUUUCUUGAAGGUGCACACCCUACCUACCUUUCACUCCAGGAAGGCUAAAAUAAAUUCUCAAUAAGUAGCUGGAUGGAUUUCAACUGUAACCUCCAUGAACUAUGAACUUUAACCCCUGACCUCAGACACCAUAUAGCCUCUGAGAUUCACAUAGCUAGCCAGAACACCAAACAGCGGGCACUUUUGACUGUCAGUCCUUAACUUGAACCAUUGCCCGACCUAUAAGACUGAAGCAGUAGACUAACGCAUUUAUCACAGCCUACCUUACAUCUACCUUGAAGCUACCUGAGAAGGCUGCGGUAGCAUGACAUAACCAGUGGCAUCUAAUGGUUACUAAUUCUCCCCAAAGAAUUUGGGGGCCCAUUUGAAUCUUCCUGGGACCCACUUUUGGGUCCUGAUCUUGUGUUUGAGCAACAUUAGUGGCAAUUUAGGGAAACUGGAACUCUCACAAUUACUGACUGACUCACAGAUCUAACCAACCUGCCUUUGUAGUUAUUUUCUUUCCAUUUUUCUUACUCUGUGGUUGAACUCUUCUUAUUAUUUCUUUUCUCCCUUUGGCAGUUUACAUUUUCCUUCCUUCCCUCCUUCCUUCCUUCUUUCCUCCCUUCCUUCCUUCCUUUGCUCUCAAGCCAAGGCAGUGGUGGCCAGUCGGGAUCCAGGGAUGACCAGACAACAUAGAUAAUAAUGAAGAUGGGCUUUAUUUAGAGUCAGUUAGAUCUUUUUGAGGUUUUCAUUGGGAGAAUGGGUGAGAAUUUUGUUUUAGCAGUAGGUAAAAGGUAGCGUCAUCCCAAGUGUCCCACCUUGACCCUACUCUGAUGAACUACACUUGAGUUGUGAUCUCACUUCCUGUAGCCUAUUCUGUGACCCCUCCCUCUCUGACCAUAGCGCACAUGGUCCCGUCAUCCAUGUUGUAUUUGCCUUGCUUAUCCAAAACUGAAAUGUAUUUACAAUACACAACUAUAGAAUGUUCACGUCUCUAAGAAGACAAAACUUGAUAUGGUACAAUAUACAUGAAGUGCACAUAUAGACACAUGUCACAAACUAACACAGGUGAUGAAAGUUUUGGUGUUUGAGAGUCUUGGUUGUGGCACCGCUGAACUCACAUCAGCAUGAAGCAGGAACAUGAAUUAGGUGAAGAUGGAAUGUACAGUAUUUACACACAGUGGUCAUGUGUUCACGUUUUAAUGAUAGACAAUAUUAUAAAGUUAGAGUAAGCAAGAAUAGCAGUAAUGCACAAAUAGCAUGAGCUGCAAAAAAAAAAAAAAAAAAAAAAAAAGCAGAAAAAACCCUUUUGCACUUUGGACAAACAUUAUAUGUACAACUGAGAAACAAACAUAAAAGCAAACAAAGAACAAACUAUCACAUUUUGCAAACCUCAGUGUAUGUCACCUCACCAGAUCAAAGUUCUCAUAACCCAGCCCAAAGCUGAUGUCUAUGUUGUUGUGAUAUUAUUUUAAAAGUGAUACUGGAAUGUUUUUUUUUUUUUUUUUUUCCUUCCUCCAAUGUGUGUGUAAGCUUAGUGGAUUUGCUCGUGAGAGACUCAUGCAUAAAGAAAAGGAUGGUGCUUUACACUGAGAGUAAAAAAAAAAAGUAGCUGGUUUGAUGUAUUAUUUCUUUUUCUAUUCUUUGAGGCGAUAAGGUAACAUUUUCUGUUGCAUUUGUACAGUUAGCGCAUGGCUAUUUUUGUUGUUUUUAUUUUCUAAUUUAUUAAGUAUUAAUUUUGGGAUGCAACCUGUAUGUAUAUGAGGCAUUUGAGUGUCAGUAUGGGUGUGUUUGCACAUGUAUUUUAACAUUAUUCCAUUACUUCCUUCAGCCAAUUUUUUUUCUCUCUCUCUCUCUCUGUCUCUCUCUCUUUUUUUUCAAUUUGAUCAUCCCAAUGUUGGGACAACCCCCAGCCCAUCAUUUCCUCCUCUGUCUCAUUUUUCAUUUUCUCCUUUCUUUAUCCCUGAUCCCCACACUCCCUACCCCCAAGCUACACACAACUACUCUUUCUUUUGCUAUAAAUCUCUCUCCUCCUUUGCUUAAACCCUUCUCCCCUUCCUCUGUGUUUUUUUUCCCCUCCCUUCUGGCUCUCGCUCCUUAUGAAUUUUGUCCAUGUCAACGGCCCCCAAACCAGGCAUAGUGUGUGUGUUUCAUUCACUGGGUCAUUGCUCUGGGUCGUGUGUGUGUGUGUGUGUGUGUGAGUGUGAGUGUGUGAGUGAGUGAGUGAAGAUUGUACGAUGUGUAAUGUAGAAACAAUGUCAUGCUGUAGUGCUAUAUGAGAAGUGUGUUAUAUGUCCACCAUAGUGCUGGGCAGCUAAAGGUGUGAAAAAUGUUUUGUUUGUUUAUUUUGUUUGGGCGGUAAACAGAUAAGAGAUAGCAAACAAAUUUAAGUUGAUUGUAACGCAAAAAAGUGAAGCUUAUGACAAAGACAUGAGAAAUAAAAUGUGAAUGUGGUCAACUGUAAA